CCUAUCCUUGCCGACGAAAAAAACUACUUGCUCGAUUCAGUCCAUUACCUUGGUUCAGGACCGUUCUUCUUUGUCAUAAAAAGGUUUGGUACUUUUGGAUGUGAUGUGCGGUAAUUUUAGAGAUUUAACUCCGAUUCCAUGUUGAUCUGAAAAUCGGACUGGCGCUGCUACUCAGAUAAUCAUUGUUCGCUCCUCCAUUUCCGUUUUCAUUUGCCUUCCUGUCAAUUCGAAUAUUUGUUUCUUUCUCUAGCUUUUUUUUUUUUUGCCCAACUUCCUGCGAUCAACGGCUUGUAUGAAAUUCAGAUGAUUGAUUAUUUUGGCAGAAACUUUAGAGUCAAAAUGUCUUCCGAUUCCGCUGUUCCUUUCCCUAAAGGUCCUCUCAUACUAGACUAAGACUCACGGAAACGGAGGCCUAUUUUCAGGUGGGAUUUGGCGGUGCUGCCGUGGAUUUCUUGGCAGUAGUGGCGGGUUUUCCUAAGCCUGACGACAAUAUCAGAAGCACGAACAUGAAGGUUCAAGGCGGCGGAAACGCGGGAAAUGCUUUAACUUGUGCCGCACGUUUGGGCUUAAAGCCAAGAAUCAUUUCAAAGAUCGCAAAUGAUCUUCAGGGCAGAGCUGUUUUAGAAGAGCUAGAAGCUGAUGGAGUGGAUACAUCAUUUUUCGUGGUAUCCAAGGGGGGAUGUUCACCAUUUACCUAUGUCAUCAUCGACAGCCAUACGAGAACACGCACGUGCAUAUUCACCGCAGGAUACCCUCCUAUGAUACCGGACGAUCUUUCAAGAGACAGUUUAUUAUCUGCACUGGAUGGAGCAAAAUUGGUUUAUUUUGAUGGGAGGAUGCAUGAAACUGCUCUGUUCAUUGCUCGAGAGGCAUUUUGCAAGAAUAUAUCUAUCUUAGUUGAUGCCGAAAGACCAAGGGAAGGAUUAGAUGAGCUCCUGACUAUGACUGAUUAUCUUGUAUGCUCGGAAAGAUUCCCACAGGCCUGGACUAAGGCGGCUUCCAUUCCAAGAGCACUGAUUUCAAUUCUGUUGAAACUGCCAAAUCUCAAAUUUGUGAUUGCAACUUUGGGGGGAAAUGGCUCCAUAAUGCUGGAGCAAUGCGUGGAUGACGGUCGGCAGAUAGAAGAAAAGGAUGUAGACAGCUCCCUCGAAUCCUUAGCAAGGCAAAAGGAGGACGGCAUCGCCAGGCCAACCUGCAUAGCAUCGUCUGUGACAAAAUUUAGAGCAGAAGGGAUCGGAAGUGUGUGUGGGAGGUUAUAUGUUGGCACAGCCGAGAAAAUUCCUCCGUCAAAGCUCAUUGAUACAACUGGUGCUGGGGAUGCAUUCGUUGGAGCUGUUAUGUACGCAAUCUGUAACAACUUUUCACCGGAGAAAAUGUUGCCAUUUGCUUCUUGCGUGGCAGCUGCAAAAUGUAAGGCCUUGGGAGCUCGAAGUGGUCUUCCUUAUCGCGGCGACCCAUGCCUUGCGUCCUUUUGACUAUAGAGAUCCUAUCGGCGACGACGUCAGAAUUGUAUGCAAGCAACAAGGCUUCAGCAUCCAACCGAUGUAAUCCAUAGUUAAAAUUUGAUUUCUGAGGUGUGGUAAUGUCAAGAAAGAUGUAGAUGCAAUAGGGUCUCCCAUUCAGUGGGUAAAAAAUAAAUUUCUCCGUACAUAAGAAAGAAUAUUAACUCUUAAAAUUGGAAUCUUCAUUUGAAAACUAGAUGCAACUGAAGUUUUGGCUCCCAAUAUUGUUGCCAACCUGAUGCAUCAUUUGCUAUACUAGAUGAAUGGAUAAUUAUUUUAUCGCGGCAA